UAUAAUAAAUUAUUAAUAAUACGAUAUCCAAUGGCGAACCAGUGAACCGAACUUCGACUUGCUUUUACUUUCCGAAAAUAGUAUAUUAAACCAUGUUUUGCUCAGAAUGUGGCAGACCCACGGAGGCAACAAAUAAAUUUUGCCCUACUUGUGGGCAUAAAGCAGUGGAAAAGGGGGAGGUCUCUUCCAAAAAAGACGGUAAAAAAGACAUAAAAUGUCUCACUUUUGAGCAGUUUGCUGCAAAAAAAAGGCAAGAAAGAUCGACACAUUUCAGAACGUCGUCCAAGACUAAAAAAAAGUCAAAAGAUACAGAACCUUUUGCUUUAAUAAACAUUGGAUUAAUGAAAUACAUCAGCGCUGAUACAACAACUCCAGUUCGGGGAAAAUCAUUGCCACUGAAAGUUAAAAAAGAUGCCCCCUAUGCAGAAGUUUUCACGAUGGCGCUAACAAAACGGGAGGCAUAUGAUAAAUCAUUUGAUACCAAAUUGAGUUGGAACCUAGUAUACCCUGACGGCCAACCUUGUUCAACUCUUCCUGGACAAGAAGAAGAAUUCACAUUGAGGAAGUAUAAAGAAGACUUGGGGAAGCCAUAUAAUAGAAUUACAUUAUAUUUAUGUCCUGAUGAACCCGACAAUAUGAAUUCAGAAGACAUUGGCAGUGAUGAUCACCAUCAGUAUGAUCGUGAUCAAAAUGUCAGGAAAAAGGAACAAAAAGAAAAUGACACUGCAGGAUAUAUUGGUCCACAAAACAGUGAUGAUGGUAAAUGUCCCAUUGAAAUUGAUUCAGAUUCUGAAAGACAACUUGAUAGAAUCAAUUCUAGUAACAGUGUACCACCAAGUUAUGGCGCAACACAACAACAUGAUAAGAGCUCUAGUUCCAAUAAUAAUAUUGUGCAAAGUAAUGAAAUUGAUGCAUCUUCAUCUGAUACAAUGAUGUUGCUUACUGCUAAUGAUGACUUGCUGUAUGCAUCUUUGCUUUUUGAUGAGAAUAUGCAUUGGAGUGAUUCAGAAAGCGAAUAUUUACAGGACCCAGCAGUACCAUUGGAGAUUACAGAUGAUGACAAAUCUUUGCAAGACAUACUUUCAAAUUUAAAUACUCAAAUUAACUCCAAUGAAAUAUCCAAGUUUAAUAUAAGUCGAAGUCAUAUUUGGGAAGGGGCUGUAAGAGGCCUAAGCAGAAAGACAUUCUCUCCAGCAAACAAGGUCUCUGUCAAAUUCACAGAUGAUGUUGGGAAUGCUGAAGGAGCUGUCGAUUCUGGGGGCCCGAUGAGAGAAUUCUUCACUCUCAUUAUUGAGUGGAUGUUAUGCUCUCAGUUGUUUUGUGGUAGUGAAAGGGGAAAGUGUUUGUCAAUUAAUUCCAAUUACCUGAAUAAUGACUUUUACUUUCAUGCUGGUCAGCUUAUAGCAAUGUCAGUAGUACAUGGUGGGCCUGGUCCCAGAUGUUUCAGUCAGUCUCUCUAUGAUGCAUUGACAAUUGGGGUGCAGAGAGCAUCUGUAGAUGUAGAAGAUGUCUAUGAUUUUGAGCUACAAGGCUCUCUUAAAUCUUUUGUAAGUUCCCCAACAGUUGAAGAAGCUCAAACUGUAAUAUCAAACAGCAAUUUAGAAACAAUUUUUGAUCUUGCUGGAACCCUUGAGGUGCUUAAGACAAAAGAAGAUGUUUUUAAUGUUGCUAAAAAAACUGCUCAUUGGUUUGUAUUGGAGAGGGUGCAAGCAUCCCUUGAGAGGUUUAAAGCAGGUCUUAGUGUUCUUGGUGUUUUUGAUGCAAUGUGUAUGCAUUAUACACAGUUUAAAAGUGUGUUUUGUUAUUCAAGUACAGAGUUUAGUGCUGAUACAUUCGGCUCUAUCUUUUCUGUCUUGCGAAGUGAAGAAGGUUCAAAUAAAUCUGCUCUGGAAGGUUUAGUUUUAUCGCAUUGGAAUGACUUCUUACAAGAUGUGGAAGAGAAAGUAGUUGGUGGGUUGGAUUUCCCGGACAUUCUUUUCUUUGCUUGUGGAUGUAAAGAGCUUCCCCCUUUAGGGUUGUCUUUGGAGCUGUGUUUCCUCCAUGCGCCAGAAAAAGAUGGUUUGCUCUCUAAAUUUCCAAAGGCCAACACUUGCUCAUGUGAAUUACACUUGCCAGUAGUCCAUAGCACAUAUGACGACUUCAAAAAGGAUCUAACAUUAGCUUUUCUUAACACUAAAGGUUUUGGCUAUGCAUAAUUGAGAACGCAGGAUGUACAUCUAGCCUAUGUAAAGUUUGUUCGUUUUUGCAUUUUUCAAUGAUUGUUUAUAACUAACUUUUUUGACUAUAUGCAUAAUUGCAUGCAAAUGUAUAGUUAUAUGUAUAGUUAUGUAAGUUGUGUUAUGUUAAAAUGUUUUUUAUUCGCAUUGAGCUUCAGCAGGAUUAAAACCAACGUCUAGUUUGCAGUGACUGUAUUCCAAAAAUUUUUUUGGCCACGGAAAUUUCCUAAUAUAAGAGAUAUAGUUAUGGGGUGUGUCCAUUUUAGUCCUGCUGGUUGCACAUACAUGUAUAUAGUUACAAGUUACUUAACUGAUUACUAUGCUUAUGGCUAUGUCAUACGGUUGUGAAUAGUUGUAAGUUGUUUUAUUCAAAUUUAAAAAAAUCCAUUUUUGAUUCAACGAGUAUGAAACUAAUUUUCUUCCACCCGAGAUUAGCCUGCGUCGUCGAUGAGGCGAUGUUUUCUUCAAAAAUGAUAUUAUUAAUUAAUUGUAAAUUACAAAUUGUAAUGUUCGCAUAUAUAAGUACAUCGAUCAGUGGUGUUUAUGCGAAAUGCAUCAAGUUAUUGUAUAACAAUAAUGCUUCCCUCCAGUUUGAUGGUAGUGUUAAAUUAUU